CUUUCCGCGCUACCCGCUGAGGGCUCCAAACGGCGUUGUUCACGAUUCCCGUCGUAACUUAAAGGGAAACUUUCACAAUGUCCGGAGCCCUUGAUGUCCUGCAAAUGAAAGAGGAGGAUGUCCUUAAGUUCCUGGCAGCAGGAACCCAUUUAGGUGGCACCAACCUUGACUUCCAGAUGGAACAGUAUAUCUACAAAAGGAAAAGUGAUGGCAUCUACAUCAUAAAUCUGAAGAGGACCCGGGAGAAGCUGCUUUUGGCAGCUCGUGCCAUUGUUGCCAUUGAAAACCCUGCUGAUGUCAGUGUCAUAUCCUCCAGGAAUACUGGCCAGAGGGCCGUGCUGAAGUUUGCUGCUGCCACAGGAGCCACUCCAAUUGCUGGCCGCUUUACUCCUGGAACCUUCACCAACCAGAUCCAGGCAGCCUUCCGGGAGCCACGGCUGCUGGUGGUUACUGACCCCAGGGCUGACCACCAGCCUCUCACGGAGGCGUCUUAUGUUAACCUACCUACCAUUGCUCUGUGUAACACAGAUUCUCCUCUGCGCUAUGUGGACAUUGCCAUCCCAUGCAACAACAAGGGAGCUCACUCGGUGGGUUUGAUGUGGUGGAUGCUGGCUCGGGAGGUUUUGCGCAUGCGUGGCAUCAUUUCCCGUGAACACCCGUGGGAGGUCAUGCCUGAUCUCUACUUCUACAGAGAUCCUGAAGAGACUGAAAAUGAAGAGCAUGUAUAAAAGAGUAUGUAUAAAA